CCCGGGCUCCCGGCCGCUUGUUUGUUGUUUACUUCUAUUUUUUUUGCCCGUCAGCCCCACCGCAACCGACGCCUCCAGUCCUACUCCUCCACCCAGCUCGCCGCUUCAGGAAUCCGGAGAGCUCGCGUCGCGCGUGCGUGGGCGUGGGUGCGUGCGGCGGCGAAGCACCAGCACCACCCUCUCGCGUCGCGCGCGCGCGCGCGUCUCGAUGGCCGACGGCGAGCCUUCCCUCACGCGCUGGACCUUCGAGGAUUUCGUGGUCCACUACGAGGCGCGCUUCGGCCUCCGGCGCGAGGCCGACGGCGACGACGCACCCCCGCCGCGCGGAUCCGAUCAUGGGGCCAGCCGCCCCGCCACUGCCCGCGCCAACGGCGGCGCGGACCUCGCCGUCUUCGAGCAGUUCGAGCGGAUGGAGAGGAAGGUGGAGAUAAGCAAUGGAGCAAUAGAGGAUGGUCCACUGCAGAAAUCUCUACUUCCUUCAUUUGAAUCUGCAGAAAUGCGCAACUUAGCUGAGACAUUGUUAAGGGAUAUAAUUCGUGGAAGUCCAGAUGUUAAAUGGGAAAGCAUAAAAGGUCUGGAGAAUGCAAAGCGUCUUCUCAAAGAAGCAGUUGUAAUGCCAAUUAAAUAUCCCAAAUACUUCACAGGUCUAUUAUCACCUUGGAAAGGCAUAUUACUGUUUGGUCCACCUGGAACAGGAAAGACAAUGCUAGCUAAAGCUGUGGCUACUGAGUGCAAAACAACUUUUUUCAAUAUUUCUGCCUCGUCGAUUGUAAGCAAGUGGCGCGGUGACUCGGAGAAACUAGUGAAAGUGUUAUUCGAACUUGCAAGGCAUCAUGCACCAUCUACUAUUUUCCUUGAUGAGAUUGAUGCUAUCAUUAGUCAACGUGGUGAAGCUCGUAGUGAACAUGAAGCUAGCCGGCGAUUGAAAACUGAGCUAUUAAUACAGAUGGAUGGGUUGACUAAGACAGAUGAGCUUGUUUUUGUUCUAGCAGCAACAAAUUUACCAUGGGAAUUGGAUGCAGCAAUGCUGCGUCGGCUGGAGAAGCGUAUUCUUGUUCCAUUGCCAGAGCCGGAUGCUAGACAUGCUAUGUUUGAAGAGCUCCUGCCAUAUACACCUGGCACAAUGGAGAUUCCCUAUGAUGUUCUUGUGGAGAAAACUGAAGGGUAUUCUGGCUCUGAUAUUCGCCUGGUAUGCAAGGAAGCAGCAAUGCAGCCCCUAAGACGGGUAAUGGCAGUUCUUGAAGGCAGGAAAGAAGAGGUCCCUGAGGGUGAGUUGCCUGAAGUUGGCCCAGUAACUACAGAAGAUAUUGAACUUGCUUUGAGGAAUACAAGACCGUCUGCACAUCUUCAUGCACAUAGAUACGAAAAGUUCAACCAAGAUUAUGGCAGUCAUGUACAUGGCUAAAGGGGAGAAGCUUGUUGUAGGGUUUAAUUUGUAUGCUCAUGCGUGGGCCAAUAGGUGACUACUGAAUUCAUCGACAUGCUGAGGUAUCCUUGUAAACACUAUGCUUAUCCUUGUAUGCUGUACACUAUCAUUCAUUUGAUGAGCAAUAAGCUGUUUGGU